AUGCGCUUCUCAACCCCUCUUGUUGCUGGCCUUGCGGUCAUCAGCCCUGUCGUGGCCGCACCCAAGCCCAGCUACAGCGAUAAGGAACUGUUCAAGACUAUCAAGCCAAUUAAGCAGAUUGAGCUCGGCCCUCGGCCCUACUAUCUUGUCAACAACAUGGACGAGGGCCCUCUCAAGAAGAAGCUUCAGUCGUGCUCCGAGAAGCCUCAGAAGCCUUCAGAGUGGUCAGUUGCUCACCGCGGUGGCGGCACUCUUCAGCUCCCCGAGCACUCCCUCGAGUCUAAUCUCGCUGGAGCUCGCAUGGGUGCCGGAAUCCUCGAGUGCGAUGUCGCAUUCACCAAGGACCGCGAGCUCGUGUGCCGACACUCUCAAUGCGAUCUUCACUACACAACCAACAUCGUCACGAUCCCCGAGCUUAACAAAAAGUGCACCCAGCCUUUCAAGCCUGCCAAGGAUGGCAAACCCGCUUCCGCAAAGUGCUGCACAAGCGACAUCACCCUCAAGGAGUUCAAGACCCUGUGCGCAAAGAUGGAGGGAUUCAAUGCCACGGCUACCAACGCGGUCGACUUCCUUCACGGCACACCCAGAUGGCGAACCGACUUGUACUCUACAUGCGGCACAGUCAUGAGCAACAAGGAGCACAUUCAGCUGGUCAAGCGCCUCGGCUUGAAGCACACUCCCGAGCUCAAGACACCCGAGGUCAAGAUGCCCUUUGAUGGUGACUAUACCCAGAAGAAGUACGCGCAGCAGCUUAUCGACGAGCACAAGAAUGCUGGUGUGAAGCCAAGCGAUGUCUACCUCCAAAGCUUCCUGUACGACGAUAUCCUGUACUGGCUCAAGGCUGAGCCUGAAUUCGCCCGCCAGGCCAUGUACCUCGACGAGACGGGCGAUACCCCCCAGACAUUUGAGACAGCCGUGGCCAACCUCACACGCUAUGCUCAGGAUGGAGUCCGAUACAUCGCACCUCCUCUGCCGUACCUUGUUACGCCUGGCAAGGAUGGGAAGAUCGUGCCCAGCGCCUAUGCGAAGAAGGCCAAGCAGCUGGGACUUAAGAUCGUCACCUGGAGUCUGGAGCGCUCCGGUCCCCUAAAAGACGCCGCUGCCAACAACGACUACUACUAUGCGACCAUUUCCAAGAUCGUCAACAACGAUGGUGACGUGUUUAAGCUGCUGGAUGUGUUCCGUGAGAUUGGUGUUGUUGGAGUUUUCUCUGACUGGAGCGCAACGGUUACCUACUACGCCAAUUGCUUUGGUCUUAAGCUUUAA